AUGUCGUCUGCCAGUCGUGAGAUCUCUCAGCGAAACGCCCUCCCAUCUUCACGUCUGCUCGAAAUUCUCAACUAUCGGAACCGCACAAGCCCCGUCCAUGCCCCCUACGGCCAAGGAAGGUCGGUACUGGCACUGACACAGCACUUAUCGCCACGCACCUUUACCACUGAAGCUACUCCUGGCCAGGAAGCUAUCCUCCUCCAUGACGCACUCUGGGAGCUGAACCGCCAAAUCGAAGCAGUAACCAUCGUCCGGGAGACCAUGCUGCGGGAAGUGCAACUCCUACAGCAAACCCUCGCAGCCCACCGCAGUGCAUUCCGCCGUAUUCCGAACGAAAUCCUCCUGCAUAUAUUCAGUUAUGUCGUCGAUCAGCCCCCGGAUCCCUUCGCGCCUAGCACACUGUGCUGUGUCUGCAGGGAGUGGCACAAGCUUGUGCUGAACGCCCGUGAACUCUGGACCCGGAUCACCUUCGAGCUGCCCAACCGCCGAAGUAGGAGUGACCCAUACUUCGACAUGAUUUCGACUGCCAGGGCCUAUCUCACGCGGUCUGAUCCUCUACCGGUUUCGGUAUACAUCGUAUCUCAGCUUCAGCAGCCGAACGCAGACGAAGUUGCUCUGCCACUCUCUAUCCUUUCCAACAACUUCGGACGUUGCGCGAAGCUGUACGUGUUCUAUGAUACGCUGGAGCCUAUGUAUGCCACACUCGACGCUCUUACUCGCUUCCCGCCAGCAACGCUGCUCGACACGUUAUCACUCACUGUGGGGCAUCAUAAGCCGGAACGUCUGGAAUACAUUGCAGUUGAUCGCCGGACCGAGCCAUACGCAUUCUUUUCAGGUCAUGCCCCAAAAUUAAAGCACGUUGAAUUAAACGGCAUUGCGGUCCCGUGGCAAGGACCAGCGGCCGCAUUAACUGGUCUUGAAGAAUUACGAUUAGCCAAACAACCCCGGGAGGAAAGGCCAUCUCUGCAAGAGUUCCUGCAGCUUCUCAAGGCUUCCCCAAAUCUCGAACGCCUGUGGAUAUUUCGCUCUGGCCCUCGAUGGGGUGACGGCGAGUGUGAGGACGUUCAGCUUUGCCAACUGACAGUCCUCAGACUGGUUGACGUCGCGCCCGAGAUCACCGAGUGUGUAAUGCCCUACAUCGCGAUGCCUUGCCUCGAGGCGCUGCAACUUUCAUUUUACGAUCAUCGUUCCGGUCAACGUCUAAACUCUUCCGCCGUUCUCAAAACGCUUUCUGGAACGAAGAAUUGGCUGCUAAAAAGCCUUCGACUAGAAAAUGCUAUGUUCAGGACGACUGCGCUCGUCUCCUUCUUGAUCGAGAGGGGUAAAGACCUGCGCGAGAUAUACCUGUAUUCAACGAGCGCCGACGACCAGUUGCUCGAUAUUCUGACGCCCUCUGCGAACACCGUGUGUCCGCAGCUCAUGAGUCUUACGCUGGAGAGAUGUGAUGACGUAUCCGACUGCGGACUGCGGAUCUUCUGGAAACAGAGAAAGGAAGGAGGUGUCCUGCAGAGGCUACACGUAGUGAACUGCGGAGGACUGAACCUCACGUAUGGAUAG